ACUUAUAUAAUAUUUAGUGAUCUAAUUUGUUACAAAAAGAAGUGUGAUUGAUCAGCACUAGGUCAAUAAGUCAUAUUGGUUUGUUAGAUGGACAUGGUGAUUGAUCAGCAUUCGAAAUGGCUAUUUGGUUAAAAACUCUCAUCCAUGUGUUCUUGUUCUGCUUUUUAAUUACAGUUGAAAUUGCGGAAACUAGUUUUCAUGAUGACCCAUGCAAAGAAUCAAGUUGUGAUGGUAUUCAUGGACCAUUCAUAAGAUUCCCGUUCAGACUCAAAGGAAGACAGCCACAAUGGUGUGGCCACAAUGAUUCCUGGUAUGAACUAUACUGCACCGACACCAACCAAACGGUGUUAGAGCUUCCCUUCUCUUCGAAAACCAUCCUCAAAACCAUAAACUACACUUCACAAAUUAUAACAGUAUCUUAUCCUGAAUUCUGCCUUCACAAACAGAUUCCUAACUUCAACAUAUCCUCAUCACCUUUUCAGUUCAAUUACGAAUUUGGACUCAACCAGUAUGCUUUAUUCAAUUGUUCAGCAACUUCUCACAGAAAAACAUAUUAUACAUAUUAUAAUAUAUUAACAUCUGGAAACUUUUCUUGUCUCAACGUGCCGGGAUUUGAAGUUAUAGCGGUGCAAUCCAUAUCAUCAAUAAUCGGGACACCCUUGUUGUCCUGUACCAGAAUCCAAGACCUUGUAUUGUUGCCUAAUUCUUUGUUUAACAACAACGUUGAUGCGGGUCUCAAUUGGUUUCAACCAGACUGCAGAAACUGUGAGCGAAAAGGUGGGCAAUGCAAGGCCAACAGAUACGCAUCUCAACAUGAAUUUGAUUGCAUAGGCAUCGAUAAAGGUCUAUCAAAAGGGAAAGUGAUUGCUGGUGGAAUACUAGGCCCAUUUUCUCUUAUAUUUGUUGGAGUCACAGUCUAUUGUAUCUAUGUAGCUUGCAUUGAAAGGAAGAAUUACAUAAGAAUCAAAAAGUUUUUGAAAUAUUAUAAAGCUCUUAAGCCUUCCAGGUACUCUUAUGCAGAUAUAAAAAGAAUCUCAAAUCAGUUUAAGGAAGAACUGGGGCAGGGAGCUUUUGGAUCUGUCUUCAAAGGAAAACUCUCAAACGAAGUUCAGGUAGCUGUUAAAGUUCUAAACACUUCAACAGGAAAUGGCCAAGAGUUCAUCAAUGAAAUGGAAGCAAUGUGUCAAAUUCACCACGUCAACGUGGCUCGCUUGGUUGGUUUUUGUGCAGAUGGAAACAAACGAGCCUUGGUGUAUGAAUUUUUACCAAAAGGUUCGUUGCAGAAUUUCAUAUCAUCUGCAGACAAUAAGGAUGUCUUUUUAGGUUGGGAUAGGCUUCAAAACAUUUCUCUUGGUAUAGCGAAGGGAAUUGAGUAUCUUCAUCAAGGUUGUGAUAAACGAAUUCUCCAUUUUGAUAUCAAACCUCAUAACGUAUUGCUAGACGACAAUUUCACACCCAAAAUUUCUGAUUUUGGUUUGGCAAAACUUUGUUCCAAAGAAAGAAGUAUUGUGUCAAUGACCACGGCUAGGGGAACUUUGGGCUACAUUGCGCCAGAGGUAUUUUCUAGAAACUUUGGCAUUGUAUCCUAUAAGUCAGAUGUUUAUAGUUAUGGGAUGCUGCUUCUUGAAAUGGUUGGAGGAAGGAAAGUAACCGAUGUCACGGAUGAGAAUAACAAUCAUGUUCACUAUCCACAAUGGAUUUAUAAUCUUCUAGAGAACAAUGAAGAUAUAAAAAUCGAUAUAGAAGGAGAAGAAGACACUAGAAUUGCAAAGAAGCUAUCAAUCGUGGGACUUUGGUGCAUUCAGUGGCAUCCGGUGAAUCGUCCGACCAUGAAGGUUGUGGUUCAAAUGUUGGAAGGAAAUGGUGAGAAGUUAGAGAUGCCACCUAAUCCUUUUGCACCUUCAUCUGCAACUGCAACUAGAACAUGUGCUAGACGUCUCAACCUGGAGCUAGAUGUCAUCUCAGAAAUAGAGUGAAGUUGAGAUCAACAGUAUAUACCCCGUGUUAUAAAUUACAGUUUCUUUAAGUAAGUUUUAUGUGCACUUAUACUGAUCGCUUCUAUGGACUUUGAUAUUAAUUUUUCUUGUAUUUUAAAUUUUGGGGUGAAAGUUUUAAGGGAUGAGAUUUAUGUGAAAAACUCAUCUGUGAAUAUGUUCACUCUUAAUUUUUAGCUGAAAUGGAAAUGAAGAUGUAACGAGCUUAAGUGAA